GUUUGUGUGUGUAAGCACGUGAGUACGUAAUUUGGGACCGAGCCAUCGUGCCAAACAGAUCGCCGAUGGGGAGGAACCCCGACACAAAUGCGUGCUGGACGCGAGAUUUCUGGAUAAUGAGUGAAAUUUCUACCGCUUUACAGCGAUAUAUGCAAAGCGCGUGAGCGGUGUGUCCGGGUUUGUGCGCCAUCGCGAGGUUUUUAGUAGGAGAGUGAAAGCAUGGAGCUGGACCGGAGACUCUUGCUGGCGCACUGCGCUGCCCACGCCCUGUCCGUUAUCGCAGGCCUGCUGGUGGUGGUACCGUUAGCGCUGAACGGCUCGGCGUUUAAAGGCCGCUGCGCGCUCUUCAGUCAGGGCUUCUGGCGCUCCGAGAACCAGAGCGCGAGCGGCGCGCAGCUGGACGCGGGGACGCACUUGGUGGUGCAGCAGUGGGGGCCGCCGGCCGCAUGCCAGUUCGCCACGUUCGUUGGCGUGUUCACGGUGCUGUACGGAGCUACACAGAGCUGGAGGAGUUUAUUUUACCUCCACCGCCGCCACGACGACACCUUGUUCUCGGCCUUUCUCACGCUGCUGCUGAGUCUCUGUGUGCUCUUCCUUUCUGGAGGAGCAAGCGUGAUUCUGACCCUCGGUCUUGUGUCCUGGUGCAACACUGUCACUGAUAACAACACCCGACCAUACAGUUGUGCCGAGUCGCAAUCUGUGCCUCUCUACUUGGAUGUGGAAACCUCCUCGUUCUACUCAGAGCUGACCUGUGCACAGAUCUCUCUGUGGUGUGUAACAGCUCUGUGGUUGGUUCACUCCAUUCUGUCCUUCUUGAGACUCUACCACUCUCACAGUCAGCAGAUCAGCGGACCGUGUCUGUCCCGUGAGAAGGAGCUCCUGCUGGGCCAGUCUCAUGUAGAUUGUCCCCUGCCAUGCCAACACCCCCAUCCUCCGCAACCACCUGCCGUCUUCAUUUAAUCUCUUAACUAUCCCACAAAAUGUGCCCUUAUGUUGUUCCACUAAUCACAAGCUUUUUUCCCAGUGUUGGCUAGACUAGGGUUGUGGUAGUGGAAGCAUAAAAAGAUACAAGAUUUCCGAAGAAGCCCCAUCUUUUAGACGGCGCAUUCUGUAACGCACUAUAAAUCUGUCCAUGCAUGUGUGUGAAAAACAUAAUGUGGAAACAGAAAAAUCGAAAAAAACCAAGAAUGAGAAAUCUUGUUACAAAUAAGCUAUAAGUAUUGUUUACACAUUGUUGUAUUAGUCACUAUGAAUUAUCGUGUAAUUGUGUUUGUAAUAACCUUUAGUUGUGUUCCAACUAUACAUGUGAUUGCACCAACACAAGUUUGACCACUAAACAGGGUUGUUAGUAUUUAGUAUUUUAGGUUAAAUGUCAUUUAAUGACAUGCAGUGAAAUGUACAGUAAGAUAAAUGGUGCAAAAAUCUUGCAAUAUGCAAGGAAAUGUAAUUUGACUUAAAGUGAAUGGGAAGGAAGACUAGCAUGUUGCAUGUGCUCAGUUCAGACCCAUGUUGCUUUACUGUAAACGUACAGUGCUAUGCAUGCGUCUCUUGCAUGCAGCCGAGUGUACGGUCGUGUGCUGCUUAAACUCUUUCUCCUUGCCACAUGAAGGUUUCUCGCAUGAUGCUGUGUGUGUAGAUACAGCUCUGAAGAAACAACCACUGCAGAGGUGCCAACAUUUAUGAUUCAGGCAUAGCAUUUAUGAUUUUUGGCGCUUAUAUGGCACCCGAUUUAAUUCCACACACUCUCUUGUUUCUUGGUGUAUAUCUGGGAAAAAUAACAUCAGCUUGUUAUCAGUGUUGGCACUUCUGUUCUGUUAACCUUGCUUGGGUUCCUGGUUGUAAUUCAGAAUAUGAUAUCAGUCAGGGAGGAGCAAAAAAAAGAGAAAGAAUUCAGGGAUGUGCACCAUGCCCUUGACCUCUGACCUCCCUGAACUGAGCGGCUGUGGUGACACACACAUAGCUGAGAAAGAAACUGGAGUUAAAGGGAGAGGAAUGUAUGUAAAUAUGAUUACUGCUAAUGCUUCAUGCCUCUGUUUGUACCGCUGUUGUGUCUAUAAUUCAUUUGAUAUGAACUUGUGAACAGUAAAAAAUGUAAAAUCCA